GGGGACGGGUCGACGGCGACGAGCGGGUAGGCUGUGCAACCAAAUGCCGACGGAUUCACCCCGCAGCCCCUGUCAGCUAGGCUGACGCGUAUGUCCCAGUGACCAGAUAAGCUUCACUUCCCCAAUUCUAGGCAUCAGCCUCCUCAGAUUGGGGGUUUUGCUCUUUCUCACGGUUUUUUCUUUUCUCUUUCAUCGUGGCAAUUAUUCUCACCUUCUCAAGAGGCUGCCUUGGGAUCCACAAACAUGCGGGCCUUUUACAAGGCAACAGCUUUUCUGGCGCCGGUCGUUGUUUCGGCCUUGGCAAUUCCUGAGCGAUUAUCGCCCGACCUUACCAAUGGCAAAGUCCCAGAUGUAGAGUCACCCGUAACUUUUUACGACGGGAGUCACGCCCAUGCGCAGAUUCAGCUCAACUGUAAUAGUUGUUUGGAAGAUGAAAAUGAUGCUAAGCUUCUCUUCGAUCUUCAAGCCUUUCCGGCCGAGCGUGGUUGCGGGGUGAGCAACAUCACCAUCAACAACAGAGUCUUGGCAUUGGAUUGGGAAGGGGUCAGCGCUUCCGGAAAAGGAGUGAUUACGCCAGCUGAUGACGCCCAAUCGAACUUUGGCGAACUUGCAGCGGAGUGGCAUGUCUCUUGCCUCUCCAACGCUACUGAUGACGACAGCUUCGACCAUGACAAAAGCCCAGCCCAAGUACUCUCUCUUACUGUUCAGGAGAUUGAUGGAACAAAACUUCAAGGGCUCUCGGAGCCACUCGGUUUUAGUAUUCUCUUCAAACAGAAUCCUCAUGCAGAAUUGCUUCGUCUCUCUUUGGACCCCUCCGAAUCAACUCAAGACCUUUCCCAAUGGCUUUCAUCUACACCUGAUUCAUUUUGGUCUCCUGAUGGCGUUGGAAACACGACUGAGGGGGACCAUGAAUCUCUCUCAAUUGAAGAGCAACUCGAAGAAAUUAGACUUUUGAAGCACCAAGCGCGGAAGCUCAAGCACAUGAUUAAAUCCAAGGAAGACGCAGUUCGCGCGCAGAUGAGGCAAGAACUCAAAUCUCUGCGAGAAGAGAUCAAGCAAUGCAACAAUAUCAAGUGCAUUGCAUCUGCCAUGUUGCAUCAAGUGCAUGGCGCAGUGAAGAUCAUCUCAUUCAGGAUCCGACCAAUGUCAAACACAGAAUUGUCGAACCCCGAAAUCUCUGGAACCUCAAUCUGGUCUUGGGGCCCAAGAGGUCAGGCUGGGGCACGUCCGUCAUGCCAUGGCAAUAGAACGGACCAAGCAUACCAUCGUCAUCCACCUGAUACACCACAUCGCGAUCACCCGCAUGAAGGUCCUUUCCCUCCGCCUCCGCCUCAUGGCCUGCCUCCCGAUUCGCACGAUGGCGAAUAUCCCCCCCAUUUCGAGGAUAAUAGGCCACCGAAGUUCGCUGGCGGCCCUUGGCACGAUGAUGAGGGUGGCCAUUUCCCUUCCCACCGCAAGUACAGACCGCAUUUUGGAGGAGAAGGUCAUCAUGGCCCAUUCCGCGGAGUCAUACUAGGCUUGCAAAUCUUUGCGUCCGCUAUAGGCCUCGGCUGUAUUGUUUUCUUCCUCCGUAAAUGCUGUGGGAAAUCGUGUUGCAGCAAAGGUCGUCGCCAGCGCCGGGAGGAACGAAGAGCGGCACGGCAGUAUCGCCGCGCAGCCCGCAGACAAGCAUGGCGCGAGUGGUGGUACAGUCGCGGUGGUCCCCGACCACUUGAUUAUGAAGAGAAGAGAGCACUUGUCGUUUCUCAGGAGGCGCUUCUCGAAGCUGCUAUGCAGGCUGAGAUAGCACAGCUUCAAAAUACGCACGAGGUCGUUCAUUCAAUGGUUCAAGCCGAAGAAGGCCGAGCAUCCCCUCGUGGCCUUGUCCGGACAGAUAGCCUUCCUAGCUACCGAAGCGACGAUGGCUGCUCUGAACCUCCAGCUUAUGAUGACAACGAUGGCUCUAACCCGGUUGUCGACGGCUUUCAAUACGCCAUGAGCGAGGCACAGGAGACUCGAGCUAGUUCCGUCGUCGAUGUCAGUCCCAGACAAAGUUUCGACACACUUGCUUUUCGAGAGGAAAAAAGUGGAUGAUACAAUGUUAAACAUUAUCCUACAAGAUUAAACUGGCGUUGGUUGGCUCGUACUCAAUGAUGUCGUCGGGUACUGGUGGGAAGACUGCUGAAAAUUGGCCUAAACUUCAUACAUCCAGGUGUGACCCCAUGGGCUAAAGGACGCAUAAGCCGGGAAAUUUGGAAUGGGUUUUGAUCAUUUUUGCUCGUGAUAUUUUCCCGAUUUAUUUAUUUUUUUUUAUCCUUUUC